AUGUACAUUUUCUUAGGCAACCUGGCUGCCCUGGACAUGUGCUAUUCUUCUAUCAUAGCCCCACUGGCCCUGGCCAUCCUUCUGUCCGGGGAAAAAGCCUCCAUCUCCUUAAGAGAGCCACAAGCAAGUGCAUGCAGCGCCCAGAUGUUCUUCUUUGUCUUCCUGGGAGGGACUGUCUGCGUCCUGCUGGCUGUCGUUGCAUAUGAUCGCUAUGUGGCCAUUUGCCAUCCACUGCACUACACACUCACCAUGAGCAAAGCCAACUGCAUGUACCUUGUAGUCGCAUCCAUGCUGCUGGGAUUUCUGUUGUCCCCACAGCUGACCAUCCUGGUCUUCUGCCUGCCCUUCUAUGGCAGUAAUGAAAUCAAUCACUUCUUCUGUGACAUUCCAGCCAUCUUGCGGUUGGCUUGCAGUAACACCCACCUCCAGCAGACUGUGCUCUUCAUUUUUAGUGUCAUCAUCUGGACUAUCCCCUUUCUUCUGAUCUGUAUCUCCUUCACCUUCAUUGUGGUGGCCCAUCUUGCAAAUCUGUUCUGCUGAAGGUAGACAGCACACCUGAUGCUUGUCCUUUUGCAGUACGGCUGCUGCACUUUCAUCUACUUGUGCCCAUGCUCCAGCUACUCACCAGAAGAAGGCUGAGCAGUGUCUGUGGUCUGCACAUUCAUUACUCCUCUACUGAAUCCUCUGAUUUACAGCAUGAGAAACAAGGAGCUGAAGGAUGCAUGGCACAGAGCCGUUAAAAGAAGACUGUUUUCCCACAAAAAAUAA